ACAAAAUAAAAAUUCUAAUAUUUAAUUAGAAAAAUAAAAAGUUGAAAAUUGUGAAAAAAACAUUUUCCCCCAUUGUCUGCUGCUUUGGUGUUUUUUUAUUUUUCUUGUUUUUGCUUUUUCUUGUUUAUGGGGAGUUCUCGGUUUGUUGGAGUGUUUGCAUGAAUUUACGAUAAAAAUAUAGAAAAAGCUAGACAUUGUCGUAGAAAAAAAGUGUCUUCUUUUAUAAAAAAGCAAAAAGAAAAGAAAAAACUACCUAAAGUUGAUGUUGGUGUUGUUAUUGUUGAUGUCACCAUGACCAGCCGCAGUCGAGCUAUACUUAAUGUUAACCUGGAUGCGGUCAUGGCCAAUGAUCCAUUACGCGAGCUCUUCGAAGCCUGUAAAACGGGUGAUAUAGCAAAAGUGAAAAAACUUAUCACACCGCAGACAGUAAAUGCUCGAGAUACCGCUGGACGUAAAUCAACACCCUUGCAUUUUGCAGCAGGUUACGGUCGUCGAGAGGUUGUUGAAUUUCUCUUAAAUAACGGUGCUUCCAUACAAGCAUGUGAUGAAGGUGGUCUCCAUCCACUACACAAUGCCUGUUCAUUUGGUCAUGCCGAAGUCGUACGCCUCCUGUUGAAGGCUGGCGCGUGUCCGAAUACCACAGACAAUUGGAAUUAUACACCACUGCAUGAGGCGGCUAGCAAAGGUAAAGUUGAUGUUUGUAUAGCGCUCUUACAACAUGGUGCCAAUCCGAAUAUAAGAAAUUCGGAAAAUAAAACCCCAUUGGAAUUGGCCGAUGAAAAUACGCGACCUGUAUUGACAGGAGAAUAUCGUAAAGAUGAGCUAUUGGAGGCAGCACGUUCGGGAGCUAAAGAUCGACUUUUAGCUCUGCUAACGCCUUUAAAUGUCAAUUGCCAUGCAAGUGAUGGUCGACGAUCAACGCCUUUACAUUUGGCGGCUGGUUAUAAUCGUAUUGCCAUAGUGGAAAUAUUAUUGGGUCAUGGGGCAGAUGUACAUGCUAAGGAUAAGGGUGGCCUGGUGCCGUUGCACAAUGCCUGUUCAUAUGGUCAUUUUGAGGUGACUAAACUAUUGAUAAAGGCGGGCGCUGAUGUAAAUGCUAAUGAUUUGUGGGCUUUUACUCCGCUGCAUGAGGCAGCCUCCAAAAGUCGUGUAGAAGUUUGUAGUCUAUUAUUGAGUAAAGGAGCCAAUCCUACACUAUUGAAUUGUCAUAAUAAAUCUGCUAUAGAUUCGGCACCCACACGAGAACUAAGGGAGAGAAUACAUUAUGAAUAUAAAGGACAUUGUGUAUUGGAUGCUUGCAAAACUGGCAAUAUACCUCGUUUAAAAAAGUUUUUAUCCUCGGAAACUGUCAAUUUUAUACAUCCCUAUUCGGGUGAUGCUCCUCUGCAUGCAUCAGCCAUAUCUAUAGAUCCAAAACGCAAACAGAUUGCCGAACUGCUCAUACGCAAGGGCUCUUUGUUGAAUGAGAAAAAUAAGGCCUUCCUAACACCACUUCACCUGGCUGCCGAACAUUUACAUUACGAUAUUAUGGAUACUUUACUUAAAAAUGGUGCCAAGGUAAAUGCUUUGGAUGGUUUGGGCCAGACAGCUUUACACAAAUGUGCCAGAGACGAGCAGGCUGUUAGGAUUCUGUUAUCCUAUAACAUUGACACCACCAUCAUUUCACUGGAAGGUUAUACAGCCGCUCAAUUAGCCUCCGAUAGUGUAUUGAAAAUACUAAAGGAUCCUCCAGAUACAGAAACACACUUGUUAGAGGCUGCCAAGGCAGGUGAUUUGGAUACAGUGCGUCGCAUUGUUUUGGCUAAUCCGCAUUCGGUAAAUUGUCGUGACUUGGAUGGCCGGCAUUCGACGCCUUUACAUUUUGCUGCUGGUUUUAAUCGUGUGCAAGUGGUGGAAUUUCUUUUGGAACAUGGAGCUGAGGUGCAUGCAGCCGAUAAGGGUGGUUUAGUGCCUCUACACAAUGCCUGCUCCUAUGGUCAUUUUGAGGUAACCAAAUUGUUAAUUAAAGCAGGAGCUAAUGUUAAUGUUUCCGAUUUGUGGAAAUUUACGCCCUUACAUGAGGCUGCCGCCAAGGGUAAAUAUGAUAUUGUCAAAUUGCUUUUAAAACAUGGCGCUGAUCCGAGCAAAAAGAAUAGGGAUGGUGCCACGCCUGCAGAUUUGGUUAAAGAGUCAGAUCAUGAUGUGGCCGAACUAUUAAGGGGCAAUUCGGCUUUGUUAGAUGCCGCCAAAAAGGGUAAUCUAGCUAGGGUGCAACGUUUGGUAACACCCGAAACCAUUAAUUGUCGUGAUGCUCAGGGACGAAAUUCUACUCCUUUACAUCUGGCGGCCGGCUAUAAUAACUACGAGGUGGCUGAAUAUUUACUGGAAAAUGGAGCUGAUGUUAAUGCUCAAGACAAGGGCGGUUUGAUACCCCUACACAAUGCCUCCUCGUAUGGCCAUUUAGAAAUUGCUGCUCUACUCAUUAAACACAAGACUGUCGUAAAUGCUACCGAUAAAUGGGGCUUUACCCCCUUACACGAAGCAGCCCAAAAGGGACGCACUCAAUUAUGUUCCCUACUCCUAGCCCAUGGGGCCGAUCCCUAUAUGAAAAACCAAGAGGGUCAAACACCCAUAGAACUGGCCACAGCCGAUGAUGUUAAAUGUCUGUUGCAAGAUGCCAUGGCCACCUCCCUAAGCAGCUCGGCCUUAAGUGCUUCCCAACAAUCAUUACUCAGUAACAAUUCCACACCCUUGGCGCCUGUUACCACAGCUUCCAAUAGCAAUUUAACAGCCAACAACAGCAGCACCAGCCCAAAUGUAGCAGCCUGUACUGUUUUAUCGCCCAGUACCGAGACUGUAACACUGCCUUCGGGCGCCUCCAUGACAUUAAGUGUUCCUGUACCACUACCCCUAUCCACACGUAUCAGUCCGGCUCAGGGAGCCGAAGCCAAUUCCACAGAUUUAGGUGAAGAUGUAGCAGAUCCUGAAUCUAUAACCAAUAUAGCUAGUUUCUUGGCCAGCUUGCAGCUGGAACAUUUAAUAGAUCUCUUUGAGAGAGAACAAAUUACAUUAGAGAUUUUAGCGGAAAUGGGUCAUGAGGAUUUGAAACAGGUGGGCGUGUCGGCAUAUGGUUUUCGUCAUAAGAUUUUAAAGGGUAUAGCACAAUUGAGAGCAACAACAGGUAUUGGCAAUAAUGUUAAUCCCGGCACACUGCUAGUUGAUCUUUUGCCAGAUGAUAAAGAAUUCUUAGCAGUUGAGGAGGAAAUGCAGGCCACCAUUAGGGAGCAUCGUGAUAAUGGUCAAGCAGGUGGUUAUUUUACACGUUAUAACAUAAUCAGGGUUCAAAAGGUACAAAAUCGUAAACUUUGGGAACGUUACGCACAUCGGCGCCAAGAAGUCUCCGAAGAGAAUACCAUGCAAGCGAACGAACGCAUGUUGUUCCAUGGCAGUCCAUUCAUUAAUGCCAUUGUACAGAAGGGUUUUGAUGAACGACAUGCCUAUAUAGGUGGCAUGUUUGGAGCUGGUAUUUACUUUGCCGAGCAUAGUUCAAAAAGUAAUCAAUAUGUUUAUGGUAUUGGUGGUGGUAUUGGAUGUCCAUCGCACAAGGAUAAAUCCUGUUAUAUGUGUCCAAGACAAUUGCUUUUAUGUCGUGUAGCUUUGGGUAAAUCAUUUUUACAAUAUAGUGCCAUGAAAAUGGCCCAUGCGCCACCAGGUCAUCAUUCAGUUAUAGGACGACCUUCGGCGGGUGGUUUACAUUUUGCUGAAUAUGUGGUUUAUAGAGGAGAGCAGGCUUAUCCCGAAUAUUUAAUUACCUAUAAGAUUGUCAAACCCGAGGACAGUAGUAGUGGCAAUGAGGAAACAAGAUGAUGGAUGCCUUCUGUAGGUUCAACACCCACUACUACGUCUCCAGCUCCACAGCAGCAGCAACAAUCAUUGACACAAUCAAUGGCUCCACAACAUUUACCAACAACACAACUACAACAGCAGCAGCAACAGCAACAACAACAUUCCUC